GAGGAGUAGGUUAGCAGCGGCAGCGACGGCUUCGCUGGGGCUGGUACGCGCUGGGCUGCGAGAACCUCAUGGCGGAGGAAGAGAGCGACCAGGAGGCCGAGCGCCUCGGGGAAGAGCUUGAAGCGAUCGUGGAAUCCCCUCCGGGCUCCGUCGCGUUCGGAGCCGGGGCCGGGGGCGAUGGAGGAGGCAGCUGCGGCACUGGAAGCAGCAGCAGCAGGAUCAGCAGUCGGGAUUAUUGCCGUCGCUUCUGUCAGGUGGUUGAAGAUUAUGCUGGAAGAUGGCAAGUUCCUUUGCCACAGCUUCAGGUUCUUCAGACAGCACUUUGUUGUUUCACAACAGCUAGUGUAUCGUUCCCAACUGAAUGUGAGCACGUACAAUAUGUUUUGAGUAGCCUAGCUUUGAGUUUCUUUGAGUUGCUGCUGUUCUUUGGAAAAGAUGAAUUUUAUGAAGAGCCAUUAAAGAAUAUUCUUGGUUCAAUCCAGGAAUGCCAGAACCACCUCAGUAGAUAUGGAAAUGUGAAUCUCCAACUGGUAACUCGAAUUAUUAGAGAUGGUGGACCAUGGGAAGAUCCAGUCUUGCAAGCAGUUCUUAAAGCCAAGCCAACAUCUCAGGAUAUAGUUAACAAAUAUUUGAGCUCUGAAAAUCCACUGUUCUUUGAACUGCGUGCCAGAUACCUUAUUGCUUGUGAACGUAUACCAGAGGCAAUGGCUCUUAUCAAAUGUUGCAUAAAUCACCCAGAUAUCAGUAAAGACUUGUACUUCCAUCAAGCAUUCUUCACAUGUCUGUAUAUGUCACCAUUAGAAGAUCACCUAUUCCAGGAGCAUGUAUUGAGAACUGAUUGUAAGAAUGGAAUUGAUAUCAUCUGUAACACCGAAAAAGAAGGCAAGACUACAUUAGCCUUGCAGCUCUGUGAAUCAUUCCUAAUUCCACAGCUCCAGAAUGGGGACAUGUAUUGUAUUUGGGACUUGAUUUUCAUAUGGAGUAAACUGCAACUUAAAUCUAAUCCUUCAAAGCAAGUUUUUGUAGACCAAUGCUACCAGCUUUUAAGAACAGCAACUAAUGUGAGAGUCAUUUUUCCUUUCAUGAAAAUAAUAAAAGAUGAGGUUGAAGUAGAAGGCUUACAAAUUUGUGUUGAAAUAUGUGGAUGUGCUCUACAACUGGACCUUCAGGAUGAUCCAAACACUAAAUGUCUAAUUUAUAAAACAAUUGCUCAUUUUUUGCCAAAUGAUUUGGAGAUUCUCAGAAUUUGUGCACUCUCUGUAUUUUUUCUUGAGCGCUCCUUGGAAUCCUAUUAUACUGUUGAACGACUCUAUAAACAUCCAGAUGAAGAGUACAAUGAAUGCACUAGUUCUGUUCAGAAUCGUGUUCGUUUUGAAUUGCUUCCAAUUUUGAAAAAGGGGUUGUUUUUUGAUCCUGAAUUUUGGAAUUUCAUAAUGAUAAAGCAAAAUUGUGCAGCAUUAUUGAGAGAUAAAUUAGCAGUUGGCUUUUUAAAUGAAAAUACACUGGAAAAUACUACCGGUCAUCCUGGAAAGACGUUAGAAACACAGGUUUUAGAUGAAGAUCUAGUCUUUCUUAUGGACCUGAACAAUGGGGAAUAUGAUCCAGAAGAUGUCUCUGGAACCCAAUUCAAAGGUCAUAGUAAUGACAAGAAAAAUCUCACAACUUUUAAUGCUUCUAAGGUAGACCGUAAUGUUCCAAGGCAUAAAUGUGUGUUGUGUAACAGAGAAUUUCUAGGUGGCCACAUUGUACGCCAUGCACAGGCUCAUCAGAAAAAGGGCAGCUUUUCAUGUGUAAUUUGUGGUAGAAAAUUUAGAAAUAGAGGACUUAUGCUGAAGCAUUUAAAGAAUCAUGUUAAGAAAAUACAAAGACAGCAUUUUGCUGUAAUUCAACAGGAAGAUCAGGGAAUUUAUACAACAGAACAAAUAAAUUGCUCUGAUGCUUCCAUUUCAUUUGAAAAUGGAAAUUCAAAUAUUAAAGAUAGUGAAAUAGAAACUCCUGUUACAUAUAACAGUGAAAAUAAGAAAGAAUCUUUUGAGCAAGUAGCUAAAAUGACUAAAAAUUUUAUGUAUGGACCUCAUGAUGUUAUUAAAAAUGGCAGUCCUGAUAAUUCUUUAAAUAAUGUCCCAGAGCCUCUCACCACUGAAAGUUUACCCACAUGUAUUGAUGAUGAUGAUGAUGAUGACGAUGAUGAUGAUGAUGAUGAGUUAAAUCGUGAGACUCCAGUACUUCAUAAAAUAAAUGGAACUGUUUGCCCUCAAAAAGAUCUGGAUAUUGUAGAUCAACAAGAAAAUUUCAAGUGCCCUGCUAAUGGAUGUGUCAGAAUAUUUAAAAAAAUAAGAUUUCUGAAUAAACAUGCAAGGAAAGCUCAUCCAACUGAUUUGAAAGUACAACAACAUAUAAUGAAGUGGAACAAAGGAAAGUGCCGAUUUUGUCAGCGGAAAUUUGAGGAUUCUCAGCAUUUUAUAGAUCAUUUGAAGAGACAUAUUUAUCCAAAUGUGUACUUUUGUUUACAUUUUACUUGUAAUCAGAGAUUUAAACUGUCAACCGAGCUUGCAGAGCAUACAAAAAGUCACGGUGUUUUUCAGGCUCAGUGUAGUUUUCCAGAAUGCCAUGAGCUUUUUGAAGAGCUUCCUUUGCUGUAUGAACAUGAAGCUCAGCAUUACUUAAAUCCAACACCAGAACCUUUUGCUGAAACAAGUGGAACUGUUUUGGAUACUCUUACAAAUCUUCAGUGUGAGAAUCAGGAAAAAGACCUCUCUGGUAGUGAAAAAGAAACUGUUGAUUUGCCAGUUCCCACUUGGAAGUCAAGGAAAGAUUCUACAGAACCAAAGACAUAUAUACAAAGUGUUGAAAAGAAGACGAAUAUUGUAGUUCAGAAUGGGAAUGACCAUUCUUCUGAUGUCACUGCUUCAGAUAUAAGCUUCAUAGACCAAAAGAUGACUGUUGUAGAGCCAAAUUCUGAAAAAAGUAGUGUUAUUAAUGACCAACUGUUAGUCAAUGGACAUCGUGAAUCAGAGCAGACAUCUUUGGUUUCAUCAGAUGCUGCCCUGAAAAGUGAGACAAAUGGAACAAGGACAGAAAAUGGUUCCAUUUCACAGAAUGUUGAAGUAGUAUCACAAGAACACAGUCCCCUAAUAGUAGUCUCUCAAUCACCUUCCAAACCAAAUCCAUCAACUGAAAAUACUUCAUAUGGUUUAAUUUUAACGAAGCCAUAUGUGAGACCAUUGCCUCCCAGUUAUCUUGAUGAACGGUACAUCAGUAUGCCAAAACGUAGAAAAACUCUGACUGAUAAAGUAGAUGCCCAUUCUGAUCAAGAUAGUGUUUAUAGCACAUCAUCAGAGAGAUUUAGAUGUGGCAACUGCUUGACCAUCUACUGUAAUUCAGAAGCACUUGAGGCUCAUCUUGCACAAAAGAAAUGUCAGACGCUGUUUGGAUUCGACUCAGAUGAUGAAAGUAAGUCUUAUAAAAUAUGGUGGGAGUCAAGGGAUUACAUAAGUAAGUGAAAAAUUGCAUUGAAACUGAAAUAGAGCAAAACUAAGCAGAUAUUCAGGAUAGAUGUUGUGCCAUUUAAGUGUAAUAAAAUAAGGAGUGGAUCGUGAUGGAAAUAAAAACAUUUCUACCCAUCAGAACAUAAAGCUAGUGAGGUGUUGUCUUCAAAAGAAAACCAUUGGAAGACAUGGAAAACUUUUACAAGCUGUAUAGUAGAAUGUAGUGGAAAGAGCAAUGAGUUUAGAGUCAAGAACCGUUGAAUCCUGACUUGACUUAUUCUGCUUGUGUGACUAUAAACAAAUCUCUGGGCUGUAGGCUCUCCACCUAAAAAUGAGGAGUCUCAACUAGAUAUGUAAAGUUUGAGUCACUUCCCUCUCUUAAUUGUAUGAUUCUAUGAACUAGAUAUAUUAAUAUCAACCCAUUUCCUGGUUUGAUAAUCCCAACAUAUAUACAAAACUGAAGUUAACAAGUAUGUUCUUCUUUACAGGUGCCUGAUAAAAUGUUACUGAAACGUCUAUCAAGGAGUAGUGUGAAACAAAGCACUGCAAAAAAAAAAAAAAAUGCAUCCUCAAUUUGCUCUUUCCCAGUUGGCCUUAAU